UUUUUUUUUAAAAAAAAAUAAACCCUAAAGCGAAGCGCCAUCAUCACCCAACCCAAAGGCCAAAGUGAGACGAUUGUUCUUCCUCGCUCGCUAUUCACCCAGUUCCAGCAGCCUCCUCCUAAGUCUUUUCCACCACCGCCGUCUGCCAUCCUCCUUCGCAGCAGCCACCUUCAGCCUCCGCUACAUAAGCAGUAGUAGUAGCUCCAGUAGCAUCGGCAGCAGCCGCAGGCCAUCCCGAUCCACUAACCGUGAGUCAUGGUCGAGAAAACUUUUAAAGAUGAAGCUACCGAGGAAAAGGGAGAGCGUGCCAGACUGGAAAGAAUGAGUGAGGAACAUAAAGAACAAGAACAAGUUUUGUUUUUAGAGGAGGGAAAGAAGAAAAAGUUAAAGAAAGAAGCAGAAAAGGCUCAGAAGCGUGGUGUUUGUUACAUAAGUAGAGUUCCUCCUGGUAUGGAUCAUGUUAAGCUUCGUCAACUUCUCAGUCAGUACGGUGAAAUUCAACGAAUUUACCUUGCUCCUCAAAAUAGUUCUUCUAUUGAUCAAGUGAAUGAUAAUAAUAAGAGUAGAAAAAGAGGUGGUGGAGCUAAAGCUCAAGCAUACUCUGAAGGGUGGGUUGAGUUUGCUAGUAAAAGUAAUGCUAAAAGGGUUGCUAAUUUGUUAAAUGGUGAACAAAUAGGUGGGAAGAAGCGGUCACAAUUCUAUUAUGAUCAUUGGAAUAUCAAGUAUCUAAGUAAAUUCAAAUGGGAUAAUCUUACAGAUGAAAUUGCUUACAAGAAAGCUAUUCGGGAACAAAAAUUAGCGUUAGAAAUUUCUGCUGCAAAGAGGGAGCGGGAUUUCUAUCUCAAAAAAGUUGACCAGUCUCGUGCUUUAAGCUCUAUUGAAGAACGAAUGAAGAAGAAGCAGAAGGUCCAACAAGAAUCUGGAGGUGAACUUUCUGUUGCCCCACAGAAACCAACGGUUUGUCGACAAUUCCCACAGAAAAAACCGAUUGCUGAAAGAGAGAGA